UUAGGAUUAAAGUGAUGGAUUAAAGAAAAAAUUGAUUGGAAUAAUUUUCUCAUUUGGAAAAUGGUCAGAAAGUGUUAUCGUUAAUAUGAAUUUUUCGAAUAACUUUUACAUCCAUAGUUUAAGAGGAAUUAAUUACGAGUUAAAUUGUUAGUUAAUUGUGAUGAUAAGUGUUAGAUUUUCACAUCAGUGAGUGAGAGAGAGAGAGAGAGAGAGGGAGAGGAUAAAAUGAGCAGAGGAGGUACAAUGGGGCGUAAAAAAGGGUUUCCUAUCCUAUUUUUAGUGAGUUUGGCGCAAAAUCAUUUUAGGCGUUGAUCAACUAAAUUGUUUCGUUAGAUUGUAGUUGAUUUGAGUUGAUUAAGCAAAGUGAGAGUGUUAGUUUUCAUUAAUUCAUUGUGAGUGUGGAUUCCUGAAAACAAAUCUCAAUCAUAUCUGGUUUGUUAAUUAGUGUGAAUCAAAUUGUGCUGCAUUUAAAAUUGUUUCAUCAUAAUUAUCAUCUGAAUAUGAAAUCUUUUCUGUUAAUUGUUUAUCCUCAUCAAUUGAUUAUUAUUAGUUACUUACAAGUAAUCAGACAUAUUCCGAUAGUUGAAUCGAGUCAUGGUUAAUCAGAUAAUUUACCAUCAAUCAGUUAAUUUUUGUUUUCCAAAUCAACAACGUGUCUGUGUAAAAAUCUCAUCGUUAAGAAAAACAAAACCUGAAAAAGUAAAUUUUUCAAGGAUAAAAUCUCAUCACUAAUCAAUUAUCUCACAAUUAAUUGGAAAAAUAAUUAAUAAUUAAUCAACUUACUUUCUCUUUCCAUUGAGACUACUUAAUCAAAUUAUCCUUGGACUUUGCCACUUGAACCAUAUUAACAUUGUGCCAGUGGAUUAACAACCUUUAGAGCGAUGAUCCAAAACGAUACUUUAGAUCCAUCGGAAGUUAAUAAGAUCAACACACCGGCACUCGAAAGGUUAUUCAUCGAAAUGUCCAAUGCAUCAACAACCCUGAUGAAUAAUUAUGUUGGCUUUGAGAUGGCCAAUGGUAAUUUAAACACUAAUCUCGAUCAACUUAAUUAUAAUGGUAACACGGGUUCUAAUGUUGUCACCAAUGGUAAUUCAAACGUUAAUUCAUAUGGAGCAAUAAACCCCUUAGGUUAUCCUUCAACCCAUCAAAUGCCUAACACCAAUGAUAACGACAUUCAACAGCAACUUAAUUCAGCAGUAUCUCAUCCCCACCACCAUCAUCACCAACAACAACAACAACAACAACAUCAACACCUUCAUCAUCAACAUGUAUCCAAUCCUGUGUUCCAUAGUGAUUCAAUGUUAACAGAAUCACUACCUGGGAAUAUUCAUCAUCACCGGUCAUCAAGAACAUCACCUGAUUAUAACAACAAUAAUACCAAUGGUAACCAUAGUCAUAACAAUCAAAAUACCAAUAAUAAUGGUAACACUGAAGUUAUCAGUGGUUAUCAGGUACCAGAAUCUUUAAACAAUCAUUCAACAUUAUCUCAACCAAUUGCCAACAAUAACAUUAAUACACCAAUGUCAAUGUCACCAUCACCAGUUACCUUAACCACUUUAUCCUCAUCAUCAAGCUCACAAUUAACAACACCAACCUCGAUCACAAUGGGCUUACAAUCAAUCAAAAGUGAACCCAGUAUGAUAAAUCAUAAUAAUAAUAAUAAUAAUAAUCCUCAUCGAAAUAGUUCAACCGCUCCCAAUGGUAAAAAUAGUGCUAAUGGUUUGAAAAGUGUACCACCACCGCCACCGCCAAGUUUAACAAUUAGUCCGCCGGUUUCACCGAUUGAUAUGGAAGAACAGGAAAAGGUAAAACUGGAACGUAAAAGGCAACGAAAUCGUAUAGCAGCAUCUAAAUGUCGUAAAAGAAAAUUGGAGAAAAUUCAUUUACUCGAGAAAAGAGUGAAUGAAUUAAAAGAUGAAAAUGAACAAUUAAGUACCAAAGUGAAUAAACUUCGUGAUCAUGUUUGCUGCCUUAAACGAGAAGUCAUUCAACAUAUUAAUUCGGGUUGUCCAAUUUCGUCCCCUGACCAUCCAAUGUGAUCGAAAUCAUCUUGACCAAAUCAACAAACGACCUACAAAAAGCAAAAGUCAAACAUUUAAUUGUCAUGAUACUUUGUCACCAUACUUACCAUGUUCAACCAAACUUAUCGGCCUCAUUGAUAGAGUUUUGAAAAUUCAUCAAAUCUACUUAUCAAUUAAAUCUCAAUUGCCCAUCAAGGAAUCAGAAUUGAUCAACAUGCAAUUCAAUUUUUCACUUUAAUCCAUUUUAAAUUGGAAAUAAUUAAAAAUCUCUGUUUCUAUCUGGUCCCUCUGGUAUAUUCUCAGGAAACAUUAAAAAGGAAAAUCUCUUUUUCUUUUUUUUUCUUCAAAUUGGCCAACAUUUUAAUCCGAGAUGAGUUGUUAAUCCGUAUAAUAGUGAUAAUCUCGGAUAUACCAUGAAGAGUACAAUCAGAUUCCUGCAAAAGAAACAAGAAUUACAAAUAAAUCUAUUAUUUAAGAUAAAUUUUCUUCAGUUAUUGUUAUUAUAAAACUACCGAAUUUGCAAUCUCCAUGUUUUAAUUACAUCAUAUAUUAUUAAUUGUUGUCUCUCAUUUUCUAAUUGUUAUUUCUUUAUCUCUCGCCUCUUAAAAUUAUUGUACAAUAACUUUACCACUCACUCUCUAUCUCUGUAAAACAAAUAACCAUUACACACACAUUUGACAAAUUAAUUACUAUUCACAAUUGCUAAUCAUGAACUGAUUCAAUAAAAGAUGAACAACAAAAAUAUUCCAAUCAAUGAAAAA